AUGGUGCUGUUGACACGUAACCAACAGAGCCCAGCAGCACAACAAAUACAACUUGAAAAAUCGAGCGAAUUGUACAAGUUAACUCCCAUGCUGGAUGAAUUCGGGAUCCUGAGAAUGGACGGGCGUAUCACAGCAGCUCCGAACGUGAAUGAAAGUGUAAAGUUUCCUAUUAUUCUCCCUAGGAAAUACAGACUUACUUACCUGCUGUUGGACGAUUACCAUCGAAGAUUUCGCCAUUGUAAUAUGGAAACAGUGGUAAAUGAGGUGGGCCAGCAUUUCCACAUUCCACAGUUAAGAGUGGCCGUGAAGCAGGUAGCGAAAUCUUGUCAGUGGUGCAGAACAUAUAAGACGGAGCCGUGUAUUCCUCGGAUGGCUCCAUUACCUGCGGCGCGAGUGACAUCGUUUCAGAGACCGUUUACGAACACGGGCCUGGAUCUCUUUGGACCACUACUGGUUAAGAUUGGCAGGAGCAAUACGAAGCGGUGGAUUGCAGUUUUCACCUGCCUCACAAUCCGUGCUAUCCACGUCGAGGUGGUGCAUAGCCUAAGCACCAGAUCAUGCGUCGAGGCUAUUCGUAGGUUCGUUGUCCGCCGUGGAUCACCAGCAACGAUAUACUCGGAUAACGGGACCAAUUUUCGAGGAGCGAGCCGACUGCUGCAGGAACAGAUCGAACAGCUAGCAACCACCUUCACUAGCAGUUCAACGAAAUGGAUUUUCAUUCCCCCAGGCACUCCUCACAUGGGGGGUGCAUGGGAACGCACGAGCGAAGCAUUGACUCCGAAUCAUUUUUUACUGGGAAGUUCAAGUGGAGUUCGCCAGCAAGCAGAAGCGGAUGACUCUGCAGCAGUCGUGCAAGUGUCCGUUCAUCAAAUUCAACAACACCUGGAUACGUUCUGGAGAAGAUGGCUGCGAGAAUAUCUGCCGACCCUGAACAAACAUACGGAAUGGUUUGGGGACGUAAAACCGGUAGCCGCAGGUGACUUGGUAGUGAUCGUCGAUGAGUCGACCAGAAACAGAUCGGAGCGAGGUCGGAUUCUUGAGGUCACUAGAGGAAGCGAUGGGAGGAUUCGUCAGGCUAUAGUUCAAACUGCGAGGGGGUUGAUUCGUAGAUCUGUGGGUAAAUUGGCAGUCUUGGAGGUAGAUGGUGAAGGUAAAACUGGAUCAGAUGACCAGUGUUACGCGGGGGAGGAUGUUGGUACUGGCAACACGGCUUCAGACGCUACAGUCGGGGCACAUCGAUUCGAUAUAACACGUCAGAGUUACAAAGUCGAGAGGGAGAAGGAAAAUCGCAACGAGAUGGAAGAUUGA